GAAUGACGUGCAGCCGCUUUGCAUCUUCGCUCAUUCAGGACUAUUUUUGUUUGGUACUUUUCCUCUUCUUCUUCUCCUUCUCUCUCCCUCUCUCUCCAAGAAUCUCUUCUCACUGCAGCUUCGGGUCCUGAAAACAGAAGGAGGACCCAUACACACACAGACAGCCAAGCAUAAAGCCAAACUGUGCAAGCAUAGCGAGACAUACAUAUUUAUAUAUGUAGAUGUAUAUCUCUAUAGCAAGAGGGGGAAGAAAGAAGAGAGAACAUCUUCUUAAGUCAUGGAUUCGCUUGUUGUGGUAGAAUUUCAAGCAUCCUUUUUUGGGUUUGGAUUUUGGUGGUAAUGUGCUGUGCGUAAUUAUUCGAUAAUUCUAGACAUGGAUUUUUCUUUUGAGGGAAGUGCACUUGAUCCAUCAAAAUGUAGCAAGCUAAGCAUGGAUGAGAAGAGAGAACUUGUCUAUCAAUUAUCAAAAUGUGCAGGUGCCUGUGAAAUGCUACAGUCAUGGAGCCGUCAGGAAAUUUUGCAGAUUCUGUGUGUGGAGAUGGGAAAAGAAAGGAAAUACACGGGCUUGACAAAGUUGAAAAUCAUAGAGCACCUGCUUAAAAUUGUAUCCGAAAAGAAAGCUGGGGAGUGUCUGGCCACAGCAGAUGUUGAGACGGAAUCAUCUCUCGCACCUGUUCAGAGAUCUUCCAAAAGGCAGAGGAAAACUGAUAACCCAUCACGGUUAACCGUUUCAGUUAACCAUGCUGCUGCUAACAAUGGAGGCAAUGACUUAGUUAAUACUGUGUACUGUAAAAACUCUGCUUGCAGAGCUACCUUAAAACAAAAUGAUGCAUUUUGCAAGAGGUGUUCAUGUUGCAUCUGUUAUAAGUAUGAUGACAACAAGGAUCCAAGCCUGUGGUUAACUUGCAGCUCAGAGACUCCAUUUCAGGGUGUUGCAUGUGGCAUGUCAUGCCAUCUUGAGUGUGCCUUAAGACAUGAACGUUCAGCCAUUGGAAAAGACGGAUAUGAUGGGAGCUUUUGUUGCGUAGCUUGUUGGAAAGUGAAUGAUUUACUUGGAUGCUGGAGAAAACAAUUAUUGAUAGCCAAGGAUACCAGGCGGGUAGACAUACUAUGCUAUCGUGUGUCCUUAAGUAAAAAACUUCUCAACAAGACUGGAAAGUAUCAAAAACUUUAUGAGAUUGUAGACGAAGCUGUGAAGAAGCUUGAAGCUGAAGUGGGUCCAUUAACUGGGUUACCUGUAAAGAUGGGUAGGGGUAUUGUCAAUAGACUUUCUUCAGGACCAGAUGUUCUAAAAUUGUGUGCUUUUGCUUUGGAGUCACUGGACAAAAUGCUUUCAAAUACUGUUGCGCAUCCAUUCUCUGAUUCAAUGAUAAGAGAUUUAAAUGCAACAGCUUCAACAUUGGUCAGAUUUGAAGAUGUAUAUGUAACUUCACUUACUGUGGUUUUGGAUUCUGAAGAUCCUUCACCAAGUGCUAUUGUUGGUUAUAAUUUAUGGCAUCGCAAGGCUCAGGAUACUGAUUAUCCUACAGAACCAACAUGCACACUGUUUGGACCAAAUACAAGGUUUGUUCUCACGGGUCUAUCCCCUGCUACAGAAUACCUUUUCAAAGUUGUUUCCAUCAAUGAUGUAAGAAGAGAAAUGGGCAUGUUCGAAGUUCAAUGCUGUACUCUGGAUGAAGUCCCAAACUGCUCGGUUGUAGAAAGAAGUCAAAGCCCAGCAACCAAUUGUAGCAGUCUUUCUAAUCCAUCUUCUGUUGAAGAUGAAACUAAUCACAAUGCUCCAUGUGGUGACCAAAUUGUUAACCGAGCAGACAAUUAUCUUAGUUAUUGUAAGGACAGUGAUAAAAUUGUUUCUGCCAAUGUGCCCAAUGGUAUCAUGACUUGUGUCGGCGCAAGUGGAGGAACCACAACAGAUGCAGUUCCCUUGUUAGAUCAGGAGCAUGCCAUGCAGGUAGUUAGCUUGAUUCCAAGUUCUGAUGUGCAAAAGCUUCAGAACAAUCAUUUGCCGGAUGACCAAAUUGUUGAUGAGAUAAGCACAGAUAAUGGGUCAGAUACCCCUGUUCAGACUGGUUUGGAAUGCGUGCCAUUUGUGGGCAACUCAGAAGCUAGUUUGCCUAUCACUCCCUGCAAGUUGGAAAUAAUUAAGAACGUGCAAGGAAGACAUGCAAGAUCAAAAUCCGGCAACAAGGAUCUGUUAAAUGGGACUGGGAAUGGAGAGGAUCCCCUAGAUGCCAGCACAUCAAAGAAGAGAAGUGGGGAAAGGCGAGAUGAAGAAUGUACGGCCAAUGGUCAUUCAGACAGGGAUUUUGAAUAUUACGUGAAGGUUAUCAGACGUUUAGAAUGUGAGGGACAUAUUGAGAAGAAUUUCAGACAGAAAUUCUUGACCUGGUAUAGCUUAAGAGCAACCCCACAAGAGAUAAGGGUUGUGAAGGCAUUUGUUGAUACCUUCAUUCAAGAUUCAUCCUUCAUUCCAGAUCCAUCAUCACUUGCAGAGCAGCUCGUGGAUACUUUUUCAGAAUGUAUUUCGAGCAAGAGAUCAUCUCUUGUGCCUGCUGGCUUCUGCAUGAAGCUUUGGCAUUGACAGACUAGAUAACAUAGUUUGCUCCAUGAACCUGUUGUGGGUUCGUGUGGCAAUAAUUCUUUAGACCCCAUUAACAUUCAUCAUUCAGACUAUCAUCAUUUACAUUUCUCAUCAGCAUUUGACAUUCUUACGGUGUAAGGUCAGAAUUCAUUUUCUUUCAUUAUACAGUGCCCUUCACAUUUGUUUCAGCUUUGGGAAUUAAGGGUUGAUUUGCUACACUGGUGAUGAAUCCUCAAUUUAUUUAAUACCAUGACUAUUGGAUUUAAGAUAUAACAUGAAUGUUGGGAUCUAUCUAUAAAAUAAGAGUUACAUGUUUA